UGGGUCACGGCUCUCCGUCUUUCUCUCGUGUGUGUAGUGUCAUUUACAAAGGCUGUGACGGCAGUACACCACUUCACUCCAACUGACUUCAUUUGAAAAGAGAGUGAUGAAAGGACUAGAGCUAGAGGAUUCCACAAGUCGCUUUCGAUUCGCUCAGUCAUGUUUGGGCCUGGCAGGCUGCUUGUGUAUCAGCUACGCUGUCUGGACGCCUCACUGGCUGGACGAGAAGGGACUGUGGGCGAACAGGAAUGAGUCCAGUCCAGAUGAUAUUGAAGGUCUGGGGGCUCAAAGAGUCUUUGCUGCUCUUUCUUUCCUCAUGGCCAUUAGCUCAGGAGUUCUGUGUCUGGUCUUCGCUUUCUGCUGGACGUCUCGGACAGUGCGCUCUUACUCCAACACGCGCUCUCUGCUGAUGGCAGGGCAGACACUCUACCCCACCACCCUGUUAUUUAUCACACUCACCCCUACAGGGUUCUUCUUUCUUCUAAGCUGGGCACUCUUUACCAGUCAGCACAUUGCCGAAAUCCAGGACGACAUCACACGCCUGGGCUCCUCCUAUUGGCUGGGCGUGGUGGGCUGGGCUCUGCUGUUGGCCGUGCUGCCGGUCGUGUUUCUGGUAGAGCAGUGUGUGGUGCCGGACGUCCUGCCUGAGCUGAUGAGAGCAGCUGAGACGUGGUGGAAAGCUCCCGAGGUGGCGUACGCUCACUCUUUCAGUGAGAGCUGCCAUAACAAGGGGGAAGAAUUUGACAAUAGGUUAAAGAGGCACCUGUCAGUGCCCUGAGGACGACUGUAGAUGCACAAGAUGAGUUGAAUAUUGCUGCUGUCUCAAUAUCUGCACCCUUGAUUAGCCAAUGGAAGGACUGAGUAGCAGGGGAAUGCCUCCAGAAUCUCAGAAGGCUGUAGAUAGUUUAUUGCACUUUAGCCAGGAUCUGUCAGGCCUCAGAGCCUGAAGAACAAAUGGACUGAAAUUCAUUGAUGGAUGGACAUUAAAGGACUGUUCUUUUCCUAAUAAUUUCUUUCAAGCUAAUGUUGUAAACUACAACACAUUAAAGACUAAAAAUACUAAAUGUUUGCCACCAUCAGUGAGCUAAGACCACACUACUGUAAGUUGUUGGUGCAUGGUGAAGACCCCUGUUAUGUUAUGUUGGAUCAUUUUGAACCUGCAUUCUGAAGUUAAUGCAACCAUAGUCUGAGGUGCAAAUUUGUACUAUGAUUAGCAUGCAUAGAUUUAAGGCUACGAUUUCAUGUGAGCAAGGAUAAGUGAGAGCAGACGAUUUAUUUUGUUGUAACAGCACCCUCAUGUGGUCCAUCUGUUUUGCAACAAUUGCUCAUGUACCUACCAUCAUUAAAGGUGUUUAUACA